UAACUUGUAACUUGUUAAUUUACUAAUAUCAUCAAUUAAUAAAUUUGAAUGCAAGAAGAUCUUAGAAUAGACUGUCUUGUUAAUUGACGAAAUUCGUCUGAACUGCAUCUAAUUAUUAAGACAGCACUGAAUCUACUAACAAAUAUUCUAUGCAGUUUUAUAUAUGAAAAUACUCUCUAACCUAAAACUUGCUUAAAAAGUGGAGUACUUGCAUUAAUACCCAUUGUUCUGUAACUAUUAAUAAUUUCUCAUAUAUAUCUAAUUUCAAUAAAGAAAUUAUCAUGACUGACAACUUGGAUCAUCUGAGCAAAUACUUUAAACAGACUCUAAAACCUACUGUAAGAACCAAUGUACUGGAAUGUCGUGUCUGCGAAGAAGUAUUUACUGUUGAUGGAAUAAAAGUACCAAGAUUACUACACUGUGGUCACACAGUAUGUCAUUCAUGUCUUUUACGAUUAAGACCUUGCAUGACAGAUCAGCAGUUUUUGUUGUGUCCUUUUGAUAGACAGCCAACAAGCAUUAGUCAGAACAAUGUCUGUAACUUGAAAAAGAAUUUUGCUCUAAUAGAAUUGCUAGAGAGAUUAGAACAGUCCAAUAGUGAGAAACUAUCUAUACUUGAAAGGGAGAGAUUCCAAUCUAAUCAAACUUGCGAUGAAGAUGAAGCUCAUACAGCAGUAUUAUAUUGUACAAUUUGUAUGACACAUUUGUGUGAGAAUUGUGAUAGUACCAUUCAUUCUUCAAGGACUUUAAGCAAACAUAAACGUGUAACUCUAUCAGAGAAACCGAAGGACAAACCAAAGUGUCCAGUGCAUACAGCACAUGUUGCAGAAUUUACUUGUACUCAGGAAGGUUGCCAUAAUUCCCUUAUGUGCUAUUUGUGCAAGGAUUAUGGUAGACAUAGUACGCAUAAGCUAGCUUUGGUGGAAGUUGAGGCAGAGAAUAUUAGAAAAUCUAUUGUCACUGCUCUGCAGAAAAUGACACAAUUUAUGGAGAGUAUGAGAGAUACAGCACACAGAAUAGAAACGGUGAUACAAGAGCUAGAAGGAUGGGCAAUAGAAGAUGCAAGACAAAGAGUACGUCAGCAUUUUGAGGAACUAAGAGCUCUAUUGGCUGAACAAGAAAAUGCAGCUAUCUCUUGUAUUGAAACAGAAACCCGUGGGAGAUUAUGCGCUUUAAGCCAGCAACAACAGGAUUUAACUACCACUAGGUCUCAAGUAGCUGAUGUGUGCAUUCAGUGCGAAAGUAUUUUGGAUUCUGAAGAUUGGAAGUUAUUAAGUAGCGCAACGAAAGUUAAAGAAGUGUUAACUACGUUGGAACAACAGCAGCAACAUUAUGCUCAACUUGGCCCUGACUUCCUCACACCUGAGUCCUCUAUACCUAUAAUAUUCAGCCGUGACAACAGAGUACAUAUCGGCACGAAGAUUGACAUGCGUGUGGUAAUCUUAGGAUUAGACGGUGCUGGAAAAACAAGCAUUCUAUCAGCCAUAAGAGGCAUCACGCUCUCCGGACCGCCAAUUCCUACAAUUGGCUUUAAUGUAGAAAGUCUAGAGUAUAAAAAUUUGGUAUUCACUUUAUGGGAUGUUGGUGGACAACAGAAGUUUAGACCACUAUGGAAACAUUACUAUCACAAUACACAGGCAGUAAUCUUUGUAGUUGAUGCCAGUGAUAGAUCUAGAUUCGAAGAAGCUCAGAACGAACUAUCAAAAAUUGUAAAUGAACGCGAAUUGAAAGACGCUUUAUUCCUGAUAUAUGCCAAUAAGCAAGACCUCGCUGGUUGCGCCAGUGUCGAAGAAUUAACUGAUAUCCUGUGUUUGCAAAAAUUAUGUUGCGGUCGAGCAUGGCAUAUACAAGGCUCAUCUUCACUUACAAACGCUUGUGGUUCUACACAAGGUCUUGACUGGUUAACCCAGCAAUUGGGUGCUCAUGAAACUUUAUAUACCAUACCCACUAUAUCAUAAAAUUUAUGUAUAGCGACUAUGCCUUAUAGAACGAAUGAGAUUAGAAUGAAGAAAAUUCAGACUUUAUAUUUACAUACUUAAUUAACCUGCAAUUUGUUUUAUAAAUUACGUAUUGCACAUUCCGCGUAUAUCUUUCUUAAUUAAUUCAACAAUUGUGAUAAUGUUUUGAAGUUAUGUCUAGCUUGUUGCCUUUGAUAUGAUGUAACUAUCAUGUGAUAAUAGCCGUAUUAAUCAAAAGGCGAAAAUAAACGGCCUGGCCACGUCUAGAAAAGUCUUAUUUAUUUUAUUACAUUGGUUACUUGGUUUUGCUUUUAAUACAUAAUCGUAUCAAUUAUAUUUAUAUUUAUAUUUCAUUCAGUCAUGUCUGCAUACAUCCAAUCAUUCUUACAUUUUAACUGGAGCAAGAUGUUUAAUACACGCGUACACUGUACGGAAAUUGAAAUAAUAUAUAAUAUAUAUAUUUAUAUAUAUAUAUAUAUAAUAUAGCAUCAUUAAAUUACAUUUCAAUUAUCUUUCAAUUGUAUAUAAAAACACUUGACAAACAAAAACGGAACAAGAGUCUUUCAUGGAGCUGUGCCAUGGGGAGGGGAGGACACGGGGCAAGAUGACUCUAUAUGAUAUAUAUAUAUAUAUAUAUACACCAUAUGUAUUCUGGUAGCACAUAAUGAGCACUUUGAUUUCUUUUUCUUUUGACACUCAACGUUCAGGACAAUAACCUCACAUCGAUGAAUUUCAUGGAACACGAUCGAACGAUUGAAGACUAGGUUUGAAAAUUCAGGCUACGAAGAUGAGGCCAUGU